CGAAAACUUCUCGCGCCGAACGCACGUCUUAGCACCCCGCACUCUAAUUUCGAUCAAAUAAAACCAUCGACAAAAACAAACGAUAGUGUAAACAGUGAAAUAAACCUCGAAAAACUGGAUCAAGAUGAUGACGAUCAGCGAGAGUCAAUACUCCUCGAACAAGAUGUCCAGCAUCCACAAAAUUAACGACCGGAUCGUGCAUCGCGACAGCUACGAUGACGUCAAAUCCUCGUCAAGCGUGAACAGCGCCCUCGUCACCAAACGAGGGUUCAAGCCCUCAGACAUGUUCGACCCUCAAAAAAAAGAGUUCCUCACAAACCUCAGUUACAAACUUUUCCCUAAUGACGGCGAGCUGGCGCGCGAGAUGCCACUCCCUAUGGAUCUGCCACCAGAGAACAUAGAGCACAAGCCGAUCCUGCCGGGCGAGCGGGAGGUAGACCUCAAUAAGAUCUUCACGCCCGCGCCUGAUGCUGAGGAGCACAUCAUCAAGAAGGACCGCAAGUUUGAGAAGACAUUCGCAUCAUCAGCGUUCUACGUGCCGGGCGUGCACCCAACCGUGAAGGAGCAAAUGGACCUCGCGCGAGCCAUCUCCAAAUCCCUGAGCGACUCCAGCAACCAUAUGAGCCGGGGACAGAGCAUGUACGUCAACAGGAAGAAGCGCUCCGUCAAGUGGGUGCACGAGGGACGAGGAAGAAGCGCUCCGUCAAGUGGGUGCACGAGGGACGAGGAAACCUUCGAUAUCUCCAAGUCCCUGAGCGACUCCAGCAACCACAUGAGCCGGGGACAGAGCAUGUACGUCAACAGGAAGAAGCGCUCCGUCAAGUGGGUGCACGAGGGACGAGUUGAAGCCGCUGUCUGA